GCGGCGUGGGCAGUGCGCAUCUCUGGGCACCUCUUGGUAACUCUCGCUAGCAGGAGCGGAUUUCAAGUUGCCCCAUUAAGGGGCAACCUCCAACCAGGGCCAAGGGGUCCCCCCAGGCCCCUGAGCGAUGAGCAAACAAGUCUCCACAUGUUCCUUCGGGACUGAAGUUUACCCACCGUGAAUUCUCUCUUUCCUUUCUCUGGUCCAAACCACCAGUGCAGUCGGUGGCGAAGCAAAAAGCCACGUUCACGUUCCUGCACCGUAAUGACGGACGAACUGAGGGAGUAGCAUUUCCGAGCCGAGGAAGCCCGGGCUGCCCCGCACCCCCGGCGCCUCCUCCCCCUCCCCCAGCUGACUGCAACGCCUUUGGGAAGAUGAAUAGCUUGGCCGAAGUUGUUUUUCCUUUCCGGUGGCCCUGAUCAGGUGUCCCCGCCCCCUCCUGCCUUUCGCCUUCCCUCACAGCCUGCUCCCGACACCCCCUCCUGGCCCGGCCCCUCCUCCCCCGCCCCCCUCCGGGCUGGACCGCGGAUGGUACGUUCCGCACGUGAGCUGGGUGCUGGUCUGGCCGGCGACGCGCGUGCCCUGUGGCCAAACACUGCCCGGAGUGAGAGCAAACUACCAGCGCAGUGGGGCCGGCGCGAGUGUGCGUGCGUGUGUGUGCGUGUGUGCGAGAGAGCGAGCGCGGUGGGAGGGGGGGGGAACCAACUGCUUCACACUUUCAACACUGCACUGAAGAAGGGAGAGAGAGAGAGACUGGAGACGCACAGAUCCCCCCAAGAUCUCCCAAAGCUAUCGUCCCACAGAUUAUAGAACAGAACCCCAAAAAUCGAAACAGAGGAAACGGACAGCGGUUGAACAUGGACGAAGGAAUUCCUCAUUUGCAAGAGAGACAGUUACUGGAACAUAGAGAUUUUAUAGGACUGGACUAUUCCUCUUUGUAUAUGUGUAAGCCCAAAAGGAGCAUGAAGCGAGACGAUAGCAAGGAUACCUACAAAUUACCGCACAGAUUAAUAGAAAAGAAAAGAAGAGAUCGAAUUAAUGAAUGCAUUGCUCAGCUGAAAGAUUUACUGCCUGAACAUCUGAAGUUAACAACUCUGGGGCAUCUGGAGAAAGCGGUAGUCUUGGAAUUAACUUUGAAACAUUUAAAAGCUUUAACAGCCUUAACCGAGCAGCAGCAUCAGAAGAUAAUUGCUUUACAGAAUGGGGAGCGAUCUCUGAAAUCGCCCAUUCAGUCCGACUUGGAUGCGUUCCACUCGGGAUUUCAAACAUGCGCCAAAGAAGUCUUGCAAUACCUCUCCCGGUUUGAGAGCUGGACGCCCAGAGAGCAGCGGUGUGUCCAGCUGAUCAACCACUUGCACGCCGUGGCCACCCAGUUCUUGCCCACCCCCCAGCUGUUGACUCAACAGGUCCCUCUGAGCAAAGGCACCGGCGCGCCCUCGGCCGCCGCCCCAGGGUCCGCGGCCGCCCCCUGCCUGGAGCGCGCCGGGCAGAAGCUUGAGCCCCUCGCCCACUGCGUGCCGGUCAUCCAGCGGACUCAGCCCAGCGCCGAGCUCGCCGCCGAGAACGACACGGACACCGACAGCGGCUACGGCGGCGAGGCCGAGGCGAGGCCGGACCGCGAGAAGGGCAAAGGCUCCGGGGCGGGCCGCGUCACCAUCAAGCAGGAGCCCCCCGGGGAGGACUCGCCGGCGCCCAAGAGGCUGAAGCUGGAUUCCCGCGGCGGCGGCAGCGGCCUGGGGGGCGCCGCCGCCGCCGCCGCCGCCGCCGCUGCCUUCCCCUGCCUGUCCUCGGUGUUGUCGCCCCCUCCCGAGAAGGCCAGCGCCGCCGCCGCGACCCUCUUGCCGCACGAGGUGGCGCCUCCUGGGGCGCUGCACCCCCCGCACCCGCACGGCCGCACCCACCUGUCCUUCGCCGGCGCCCGCGAGCCCGGGAACCCGGAGAGCACUGCUCAGGAAGAUCCCUCGCAGCCAGGAAAGGAAACCCACUGAAUCUUCGCCCCCUUUCUUAGACAGGACGAGGGUUCACGCGAAAUAAUAAUAUUAAUAAGUUAAAACACCCUUAACGUUUUUAAGGGAGGAAGUGUAAUAGAUGCACGACAGGCUUUUAAAACAACACAGGUGUUUCGUGUACAUUUGGAGUUCCUGUUUUGCUCAUCCCUCACCACCCCACCCUCCGCACACUAACGUCCUUUUCUUCCCCCACCAGCUCUAAAAGAACCUCUGCGAUAUUGAUACUUUCUUCUUUAAAGAAUUCGCCCAAAUAAGUUUUGCCUUCCUUUAGGCCAUGUUCCAUUAUCUUUUAAAAUACAGAACCUAAUUCUGGAGGAAGAAGGGUCUGCUCUGUGGGUGCGCUGAUUGAACCAAGGUAGGGGAAAGGUGGCGGAGGAGUUGACCUCCAACAGCCAGCAGGUAGUUAUUAUCUGCCUGUCGCAGAGCUGUCCCACCGGCUUCAGGAGCCUUUCCACAACCAGAAAGAGGAUCUUUUAGAAUUGAAUUUACUCUUCAGUAUUUUAUAAUGUUCAGCUUUUUUUAAAGGCAUAUAUUUUUCAAAGAGGAAGAAGUGAAAAUGCAGUCACUUACGUUGCAACCUAUUCUGAAGUGGUUUGAAUGGUAUCCCUUAGUAACUUGCUCUUGUUUAAAGAGACUCGGAGUUGGGCCGUUGUCAGAACUGAGUCAGGGAAGGAGAUGGAUGAGGAAGGCUAGAAUCAUUCUUGGUACACUUACUAGCACUUUAUGGAGAAAUUGACCGUGAAUCAAUUGACGUGUCUUAAUUUCAUUCAUAUAUAUAGUACUAUAUAUAUAUAUAUAGUACAUCUCUUCCCACCUUGUCAUUAUUUAAUUCACCAUAUUCCUAAAUUUUUAUAACCUUGCUGUAAAAAAGGAAUGUGCACUGAACUUAAAAACAAAGAAAACAAAUCCAAAAUGAUUUAUCCUAUAUUCUGUUAAAUAACAAAAGGGGAGGAAAGCAUUAAACUGGUCAGUUUUGAUUGGAAAAGCUGUAAAGAUGUGGAAUGAAGCCCUGUGAGGCCUUCCUAUCUCCAAGUCUAUGUAUUUUCUGGAGACCAAACCAGAUACCAGAUAAUCACAAAGAAAGCUUUUUUAAUAAGGCUUAAACCAAGACCUUGUCUAGAUAUUUUUAGUUUGUUGCCAAGGUAGCACUGUGAGAAAUCUCACUUGAAUGUUAUGUAAGGGGUGAGACACAACAGUCUGACUAUAAGCGAAGAAAAUAUCUGGGUCUUUUAGUCAGUUUGGUGCAUUUGCCGCUGCUGUUGCUUUGUUUGCCUCAAACGCUGUGUUUAAACAACGUUAAAUCGUAGCCUACAAGGUGGCUCUUAUGUACAUAGUUGUUAAUACAUCCGAUUAAUGAUGUCUGACAUGCUAUUUUUGUAGGGAGAGACUAUGUGCUAAUGAUAUUUUGAGUUAAAAUAUCUUUUGGGGAGGAUUUGCUGAAAAGUUGCACUUUUGUUACAAUGCUUAUGCUUGGUACAAGCUUAUGCUGUCUUAAAUUAUUAAAAAAAUAAAUAAAUACCGUCUGCAAGAAACCAGCUGGUUUAGAAAACUUUAGUAUGUGAAGAUAAAUGAGAAAUUAUCUUUAUAUUCUAGUAUUUUCAGCCCUCCAUAAAUUCUAUUACCUAAAUAUUGCCACACUAUUUUGUGAUUUUAAAAUUCUUACUAAGGAAUAAAAACUUUAAUAUACGAUAUGAGAUUGUCUACUAAUUAAAAAGACAUAAUGCUCAAUUAGUUUUAAGGUAUCUAUGAACUUAGGGAUGAAAGUUAUUAACGUUCUCAGAUGUACUUUGUCAUUGGCUUGAUAUCACACGUUUCCAGUUUCUUACAAGCCUCCAAGCUCUGGCCGUGUCUACCUACUUGUUUCCAGUGUAUCUCAGUGAAAAAUGCAAAAGAAAACCCUACCAAUCACUUGCGUGGUCUGUUUAUGUUAGACCAAAUUUACUAAUGUUUUUGACUGAUGAAUUUUUCACUUCUCAUCUUGACUCCAGAUAGACUUUUGUAUGGUCUGGCAUUUCUCCUUCACUGGGUCCAGUAUAAAUACACUGCCACUUAGGGGUGCUUAACUUCUCCUUAUAUUUUUAGCUCCUUAACCUUUAUAAAAAGAAUUCUCUUGUGGGACUUAAUCAUGGAAUUCAAGGAAAAGAAAUAAUUAGUUGUAGACUUUUCUCAGAUUCAUAACCAAAUUUGUGAUCCGAUAUGUGAAGGAUUGUCAAUUUUUAGUUUCAAUAACGUUCUUCACAAACCCCUUGAUUUUUGAAAGGUGUUGAAAUAAUAGUCAAAAUUUAUGAGACGUAGAAAAAGUGCUCCCUCUGCUGACUUACCGCAACCAAACUACAAGUCCUAGAAUGUGGAGCCAAAGGAACCUCGGAGAUCAGUUUGUCCAGCCCCCUGCAUUUUAUAAUAUGAAGCCUAGAGAUAUCAUAUAUCCUCCUAACAUCAGAUAAACAGCUACCCCGAGCCAGCACAAAAGGCCAGAUCUACUGCCUCCCCCAGUCAGUAAACUACCUCCCACUGCAGCAUCUUCAACCACAUAAACUGAAUUUGAUUGGGCAGCAUUCGUGAAACGUCAUAAAUAAAGCACAAGAACAAAGGAAAUAAAAGUUACCAUUAGAAAACUAUGUAGGAUUUUUGAGCAUUGUAAUGUACUGAACUUAGAAAAAUAUUGUCUAAAUCAGAAUACUGGGGAAAAGUAGUAUCUUAAAUAUUUUGAGCUACAUUUUAAUGCCAUAUUGUAAUAAUAUUAGUUUCACAACCAAAAAAGAUUCAAAGUAAAUCAGAGAACCAUAAAUGUUUUAGCAUUUGUAUAAUAUGGUAUAAUAAAGUAAAAAACCUUAGGGUUGGGCCAGAUUUUACAGGUCAGUUAUUUAGUCCAAAUGCCUAUAUACUUACAUAGUAAUAAGAUAAAGUUAGUGAGAACAGAACUGCAAAAUAAUAUUUUCUAUGUGGCAUCUGAAAAUUGUUAUUUUGGUAAUUGAUUAUGUCAUGAAUUAAAACACAGGAGUAAUGACUCCAGUAAUGAUUCACUAAGGAUGGUCCUAUACCUGCAGCGGUGAAAUUUUAACCAAAAUGUGUUGUAAUAUAUGUGAUUUUUCAACUUAAGACAAAUAUGAAUCGUGGGUUAGUGCUGCUUUUAUACAUAUAGUAUACGCGUAGUAUUAUGCCACUUGAUUUUGCAUACAUAUAUUUCUCAGCAAACGUUAUAUUGAGUUGAUAAGCGGCCUUUUCUGCACAAAGAGCUAAGGCACUAGAAACUACAUUUUUAAUAGCUAUUUAAAGUAUGACUGGAGUUUUAGUUCCUAUCAUGGUGAAAACUAUUUUUCAUUUAGUUCUCUGUUAUUGGCCAUGCAGGCCAUAAGUCUGGUUAUUGCUCAUCAUCUGAGAUUUGUUCAAAAGUAGGUAAAAGAAGCCUCAGCCUAUUUCUGAAUAUGUCACAGGUCAAUUUUGAAGCUCUCCAUGGAAGAUGAUUGCCAGUUCUGAGAUCCUUAGAAGACAAGGCUGGGCAAACAUACUAAGGCCUUUAGAUAGAAAUGAACAGAGCCCUCAUGAACCGAUCAAGGCCAUUAUAAUGCCGAAAGCUGGCUGUACAAUUAUGAUAAUAGUCUUUUACUUCAGAUGGCAAUCUGAUGUUUUUCAUUAAACAAAAAUUCUUAAUCUCA